AGUUUAACGCGUUUAAACGCAUUGGAAACUAACGCGUUUAGCAGGAUGUUUUUUGUCACAUUUAGGGCGUUCAAACGCGUUAAAUUAUAACGCGCUCUAACGCGUUGAUUAUCGACCCUGUGAAACGUGUUGAUCAGUAACGCGUUUGAACGUCCGGAAUGUGACAAAAAACAUCCUGGUAAACGCGUUAGUUUCUAUGAAAACUUAAACGAACUCUAACGCGUUUUUUUUCGCAGAAAAAGUUUGCCUGGGUAUAUUGCUGCCAUUCUCCUAAAAAUUUGUCAUGUUAUGUAUUCUAAGAGAUAAUCUAUCUGCAUGACUUUUUUAUGCAACAAUUAUCGAUAUUCUAACUAAAACGAUGCUAAUUAUGUAGUGAAGCAGAAACAGGACGAAAAUGCCGAAAUCAGUGCUCAACGGCAUACGAAAGAUUGGCUCAAACUACAGAAAAAGGUAGCUAAACGUUCUUGAAAGAAUUACCUGAGAAGAAUUGAUCAAACUUUUAAAACAAACAACUUAUUAAUCUUUCAUAUAAUUCUUUUAUUUAGUUGAUGAGAAGAAAUUCUAAUGAUUCAGAUGAAUAUCAAGAAAUAGAACAGCCAACAGUACCGCUACAACCAUUAAUUGAUGUUCAAAUCGACACCAGAGAAAGAUUUUUUAUCGGAAAGGAUUAUUCAAAUAGUUAUCAUAAAGAUUUCGAAUUUCUGGAAAAAUAUAACGAAGAUUAUAUUGAACGUGAAAAAUGUCCUCGUAUGCCUUGGCAUGAUGAAGCUCUGGUAGUGCUAGGUGAAGUAGCACGAGAUGCGGCAAGACAUUUUAUCCAACGAUGGAAUAUUCAUAAGCGUGAAUUAUGUAUGAACGAUAAUUCAAUACCAUUUUUAUUACCAAAAACGUAUGACGAUAAGCGAGAAUUAAACGACAUUAACUGGAAAUCUUUUCUCGAUUUAACGCCUAUUCCGGUCAACGCACAGGUAAUUAACAAUAGUUAAACUUUUUCCAAGUAAUUAAUGUAAGUACAACAUCCGAUCUGUGAACGGCUUAUUACUCCAAUUGAAAAAUCUUACAGCACUAUUUUCGACGGGAAAUUCUCUGAAUCACAAAGAAACGACUGUUUUUGAUGCUGUAAUCAUCAAAAACACUUUUGAGUAGACAAAAGUUGUGUCUUCUCGAUUCGCCCCUAAUUGCUCUCUCUCAAUUAGUUCCACAAAUUUUUUUCUCAGUUAGUUCCACUCUUUUUAGUCUUAAUUCGUACCAAUUUUCUUCUCUCUCAAUUAGUCUCAUUUUUUAAGUACUUAUUCUGCAUAAGUUCACUUUGAGUUCUUCGAAAUAACAAAAGUUUUGUCCAUGUUGAUUCGAAUAAAAUAACUAAAAAUAUGUACGGAAACGUGUCUAACACAGACAGUAGAAAUUUACAUUUGAUCAAAAGUUGUCGUGUGAGUGUUAAGUUUACAAUGUUAAGUUUCACAGAAACCGAAAAAACCCAUUGCCAACUUUUCUACGUGACCUGUCUCACCAAAACGAGAAAAUAAAAAAACGCGUUUUCUUUCGUUCUGUCAUACUAAAAAACGGGUUGAAACGCGUUUUUUGAGAGAAGUCACGUAGAAAAUUUGGCAAUGGGAAGUAAACCUGCGCUGAAUUUAAAUGGUUGUCAGUUUACAGAAAAACAAAGUAAUAGGAAGAUGAAUCAGUGGAGAGAUCGCAAUUGUACAAGUGUCAUUUCGUUAUGUUCACAAGAUGUCAUCAUAAAAGAUGAAACACAACCGUAAUGUACAUAAGACAAAAGUAAGAUCAUAUUUGGUACAGCAAAAAUCUACAAUGAAACUGAUGAAAAAUUGAAAGUUGACUUGACACUUAUGAAAAAUGGGAGUUAACAAAUCUACAAUUACCUAUAAAAUGCGGAAGCCCCGUAAAAAUUCAUAUGGAAUAACGACAAUGUAUUAAUAAUAUUUUUUGUUUCCAUUUCUGGAAGUUAAGACAAACAUAGGAGAACUUAUGCAGAAUAAGUAUUUAAGAAAUGGGACGAAUUGAGAUUAAAAAGAGUGGGAUGGACCGAGAAAAAAUUUUGUAGGACGAAUUGUGAGAGAGCAAUUAGGGACAAAUCGAGAGUAAACCUCGCUGAUGCUAUAUGUCCGUGAUAAAGCAUCGAAAAUUAUGACUUUUAGUGAAAGCCGCAGAUGUUUAGCUAUUGCGCAUGAUGAGAUAUCUUUUAUUUUACUGUCGCAGGAAAAUAGCGCUAACCAGAGAUAUUAAACGCUUUUUACUUGGAAUCUAGUGGGUUAUAGGUUUUCGACCAUGCUGAUUACGAAUACGACCAUGGGAUUUCUCCAUAGCCCUUCGAAGACCUGGUUUUCUAGAGAACCAGUUUUUCAAAAACUCUAAAAUAUAAUCCGAACCUUUCUUAAUGAGGCAUGAUUGUAGCCCGCACAUUUCU